AAGAAAAGACACUUUUCACCGUCUACAGUUGAUUACAUUUUGAAAUGUCUAACACAUUUAGGGAAAAUCUUAUGCAAAGGCAAAGAGUGAAGUCAUAAAGGUGCUGACAUUUUCAUAUUCAGUCAUGAAUAAAUAAAACGGAAUUAUUCUAGUAGCUAAAUGUCAAAGUAGUCUCAUUAGGCUCAGUUUAAUAUAAAGAAAGAUUUUGUUAAAUAUACAGUAUGUGAUGGGGGUCUGUGUACUCUGUCUCCAUCUGAACUUUGGCCUAAAUAUGACCCCUGGUGGUGCUGAGAACAAAGGAGCGUAAGCUUAGCACUGAUUAAACAGAUUGUUUCAAUACUAAACUAUAAGGGUGCAGCCAUAUGCAGGCUUCAUGCAGAAGUACUGUUCACCUAUCAGAGCCAAGCUCAUGAAGUAGAUGAAAAAACAUGUUUUAUGGUCAAAUAUAUUCAUUAAUUCAAAUAUACUUCAUCUUAUUAUGGUAGAAAGAAAAAAUGACAGAUUUUACAUGAAAAUGAUGAAACAUGUUAUCAACAUGAGGUGCAACAAGUGGUAGUGUCACAGUCAAUGGUAGUCCUGGCCCUGGUAUCUGCCCAUACAUGUUGACAUCAUUAAUGUAGCCAUUUUUCACAUGUGUUUUCCAUGUAACUUUAUGUCAUCUCUCAUCUACAGACAUUUAAGAAAUUGUGUGUUGGAACCUCACUGGUCUGCACACAGUCCAGAUGUAUCUCCUAUACAAAGUUGUUGGCACCAUAUAAGCUGUGACCACAUGUAACGUUACAUUCAAGUUGUUCAUGUACAUUUUCAAAAUUCAGAUUUUGUGUCCUCAAUAUAUAUUUAUUUCCACUUUUUUCCUUGAAGUAGAAUUGAAAACUACUACAGUAUAUUUUAAACCACACAUCAACAUGUCAAUCUACAUACAUGCAGUGUGCAACGUCACAAACUGGGAAAUCCCAUUAUGGAGGGGGUUGUGGUCAUAUGUUUUACUUCUAUUUUUAGACUGAGAGAAAGAGAGAGUAAAUGAUGAGCAGCUUUAUCAUCAGAGCAUCAUCUUUACUGGGUCUGUGCCCAAGUGACAGAGUCAGUUCAGGAAAUGUAGAGUCGACUCUUUAUAUAAAAUGGACAUUUAACAGAACUGAGUGAAGAACUGAGUGAGAUUUACAGAUUUAAUAAUUACCGAUGGUUACAAAUAUCAGACAAUGACCCUGUUCAUUUGAACGACGUCCACGGUUCGGGUUCUCAGUAGCUGUAAUGCAAACGGGUUCAAAUGACUUAUUCUGAACUAUAGGAGCCGCAGGUCAGGACGAAUGAACUGGACCCAGUGUCCACGGCAGUGUCCGCUUAUGCGCCAAAUUGAGACAGUGAAAUCAGAAGCCCUGGCUUCCUCCUGGCUUCGCUCCACCGACCUGUCUGCACGUCUGUGACGCACGGGGGAGGGGGGGAGACUACUUAAAGGCGGAUUAAUGCUGGAAAGACAUUAAGUUCAACCUGCCUCCACCCCGAAACAACCAUCAACCUGAUCUGGAGAUCGAAAAUAGGAGGGCUUACACUAAUCAGACUCCUUCAGACUCCCCCAUGACGAGGAAAGGUGUAGCAACGCGGCGGAGGCGCUCGGCGCACACACAGCAGGACGCUCAGCGGCGCUGCGCGCUCUGCGCAUAACCAAGCAGAGAGCGCGCAGUGAGGCGGAGAAAAGCGGGGACGGAGACAGCAGCGGCAGAAGCAGAAACGGCAGCAUCAAGUGACAUGCAUUUUUCAAACUAAAACCCGGACCCUUCUGAAGCUGACAGUGAGAAGAAGAGAAGGAGAGAGAAGCGGAACGGGAAAUAAAGCUCUCUUUUUUUUGGAAAGGAAUUGGACAGAGUGCCGUUGUGCCCUCGUCUUCUCCGGAUGAUCAGAAAUGGGGGAAUGGACUAUACUAGAGAGGCUCCUGGAGGCUGCUGUCCAGCAGCACUCUACUAUGAUAGGAAGGAUCCUACUAACAGUGGUGGUCAUCUUCCGGAUUCUAAUCGUAGCCAUAGUUGGAGAGACUGUCUAUGACGACGAGCAAACCAUGUUCGUGUGUAACACAUUGCAACCGGGCUGUAACCAGGCGUGCUACGACAAGGCGUUCCCCAUCUCACACAUCAGAUAUUGGGUUUUUCAGAUCAUCAUGGUGUGCACGCCGAGCCUCUGCUUCAUCACCUACUCGGUGCAUCAGUCCGCCAAGCAGAAGGAGCGCCGCUACUCCACCGUGUAUCUGACCCUGGAUAAGGACCAAGACUCCCUGAAGCGAGACGAGAGCAAAAAGAUGAAGAACACCAUCGUGAAUGGAGUACUUCAGAACACGGAGAACACCAAAGACCCCGAGCCGGACUGUUUAGAAGUGAAGGAGAUCCCUAGCUCGGCCAUGAGAACUUCAAAGUCCAAAAUGAGGCGGCAGGAGGGCAUCUCCAGAUUUUACAUCAUCCAGGUGGUGUUCAGGAACGCGCUGGAGAUUGGCUUUUUGGUGGGCCAGUAUUUCCUGUACGGGUUCAACGUCCCGUCCGUGUACGAGUGCGACCGCUACCCGUGCAUCAAAGACGUCGAGUGCUACGUGUCCAGACCCACGGAGAAGACCGUGUUCCUGGUCUUCAUGUUCGCCGUGAGCGGCUUUUGCGUGGUGCUGAACCUGGCCGAACUCAAUCACUUGGGCUGGAGGAAAAUCAAAACGGCCGUGAGGGGCGUGCAGGCUCGGAGGAAGUCCAUUUACGAGAUCCGAAACAAGGACCUGCCCAGGAUGAGUGUGCCCAAUUUCGGACGCACUCAGUCCAGUGACUCUGCCUAUGUCUAACACUAACACUGUGGAGGAAGCUGUGAAAACACAUAAAGUAAAGAAACAUAUAUGAUGAUAAUGAUGAUGAUGAUAAUGGACAUGAUGGACAGAACCGCACGCCUAAUUAAUGUCAUGACUUUAAAAGUGGGCAGAUUUUCAUUUCUUGUUGGUUUAUCUUUAUUUUGACGGACUUUAAGGAGAGCGUGGCUGACGCACGUUUGUUUCUCUCUGUAUUUAUUAUUGCACUGAUGCAACUUUUUUUGGUAACGUUUGUACUCUGUAAGAUGCAAAAUGAUCUUCACACAUUUUACUCUCUGUGGGCUGUUCUGCUGAAAGGAGUAAGAAAAAAAAGGAGAAUUGCACUACGGGGUGAACACUGGAGAGCCUGUCCUUACUCCACAAUCUGCGUCUGACCUGAUGGUGUUUCAAUCUCCACCUCUUUCUGGCACCGACCCAGUGAAAUGGCACCAACCAAACACAGUGGUCAGAGGAGGCAUCUCACCACCCGAGGUUUAACACGGUUCGACCAGCGUCGUUUAUGUGGUUAUUUGUUGCCUGUUGUUUUGUUGCACCACUGACCUUAAGUAUGUAACCAUUCCAUUGCUUCAUUGCUGACCUACAAACAGUAUCUGGUGAAGUCUGCUGCAAAUGCAACGCUACAAUGUCUGUGGAUUUCCUUAAUUUCUAAACACACCAAAGCGCCCACUGCUUUAAUUUGUCAAGCGUUUUUCUUGCUUUCUUUUGUGUAUUCAAGUGCCAUACUUGUAUAUAAACAUAAUAUAUGUAUACAUAUAAAUAUACAGAUAUAAAUAUAUAUAGUAUUCAUCAUCAUGGAAGCCGACUCCCUGCUUGGAUUUAUGCUAAAUGCCGCCCAUCUUUUUCUAUUACAUUUGCUUUAAAAUGUAUUUGUUGUGAUUUAAAGAAAAAUAAUGUUUUUUUGUUCUAAUUCAUUUUGCAAAUGACUGAAAAAAAAGAUAUGAAGUGCUAGUCUUUUUUUAUUAAUAUAAAUAUAUAUAAAUAUAUCUAUAAAAGAAGGAAAAUGACUCCACCCCCCACGGACACAGCUGGAAGAAACCAAUAGCACAAAUUUGACAUUUUUAUCAAAGACUGGGCAAUAAAAAUGAAAUCUGCUCUGGUGCUACAGUUUUUUCAUAGAAUGGUUUUAAAUGUAACCGAAAAACAGAAAAAAUGGAAAACAGACAUCGAUGACUUUUGUUUGUUCCUUUUCUGUGGAAAAUAAAAGUGGGAUUCAUGUACACCACCACCGUGUGAGGUGCAGUCCUUGUGCUGUGUCUGCUCUGCUCUGACCGAGUGUAUAUGCAUAUGUGGAAGUUUUGUCUUGGUGCAGUGGAGAGGUUAGCUCCGCCCACUCUGUAGGAGGGGGAAGAAAAAAAAAGCUACUGCAGGACACACCUUGAACAGGAGCUCAUCACUCUCUCUGCAAUGUGUUGCAACACAGAUACCGGCUCCAUGAGACACAUCAAUACUUAUGCACCAUCACAGCCGUGGCCUGAGGGAACAUUUAGUCUAUAUGGCACACAUGGAAUCUGCUCCUGUUGUGGGUCUCACACUUUCAGGGCCUUAGUAUGGGUGAGGUUGUGCACUUUUGAAGGUAAGAAGAAAAUUUGAAGAAAAAGAGGAGCAGAUGACAAUGAACGAUAGAAAUGAGGUCUUUGUAGU